CCCCCAUGUUCUUCUUCGCUUUCAUCUCUCAUCACUCUCUCUCUCUACGUACACAUGCUAAUCUCAAGCUCAAGCUAGCUGCCUAGCUCAGCCACAGUGGUAGGCUAGCUAAGCUAGCUCGAUCCGAUCGAUGGGCAAGAAGGGCCUCGCCUCCGUCUUCUCCAGGCUCGUCGUCGGCGAGGCUGUCGGUGCUGCCACCGCCUCGCCGUCGCCGUCGCCGUCCCCGGCGCCGUGGUCGUGGCCGUCCUGCGGGAGCAACCCCCGAACCGUCUCCUCCCGCCACGACGACGGCGAUCACCAGGCGUCGUGUAGUGAUGCUGGUGCGGCUGCGGCAGUCGCCAGGUCGCGGCGGAGGAUGGCUGCUGGGGAGAUGUACAAGACGGUCAACUCGGUGUACUUCGACUACGCUGACGCCGACGGCUACUCCUGCUUCGACGACGAGGAGGGAGCGGUGGACGACGACGACGAUGACAGCUUCUCCACGACGACCGCGUCGGAGGAGUGGUCGGAGGCGGUCAUCCGCAGCCUCGGCCGGACGUCCACCGACCGCUUCUUCUUCGACCCGGGCCCGCCGACGACCAACUCCAUCCUGGCCGUCGCCGCCGCGGCGUCGGAGGCGAAGAUGUUCAUGGCGUCGUCAGCGGCGCCGCCUCCACUGCUGGCGUCGUUGUCGACGUGCCAGUGCCACAACGACGUCGGCGGCGAGAAGGAGAAGCUGCCGGAGCCUCCGGCGUCGCUGGUGGAGGAGAGCGUGGCGGUGGCGGUGGAGUCGGAUGACCCGUACCACGACUUCCGGUCGUCCAUGGAGGAGAUGGUGGCGGCGCACGGGCUGCGCGGCUGGGACGCCCUGGAGGAGCUGCUCGUCUGGUACCUCCGCGUCAACGGCAAGCACAACCACGCCCUCAUCGUCAGCGCCUUCGUCGACCUGCUCAUCAGCCUCGCCGCCGCCGCCGCAACAACCACCACGAGCAGCGGCCGCAGCACGGCGAGCACCAGCACCGCCUGCGACGUCACCACCACCACAAGUCCAACCUCCGCAACAACAACAACAACAACGGAGCCAUGCCGAUGCGGUGGUGGAUCAUCUGGUGCUUCCUCUGAUGAUCUGGAGGAAGAAGAAGAGGAGAAGAAGGCAAGUGGUGAUCUCAGUAGGAGCAGAAGCAGGAGCAGCAUAGCACCAAGUACACUUGCUGCUGCUUAAUUAGUUCUUGAUUAAUUCUCUUAAUUUGAUCGAUCCUAGUGAUUAAUCCAGCAGAUUACCUGGAAUUAGAUCCGGAAAAUGUAUUCUUUUUUUGGAUUUUUUUUCGUUUUUUAGUCUGUUUUUUGUAUUUUCUUAUUGGUAUUAUAUAUUUACAAGCUGGUGCACAUAUAUAGGUUGGAGGGAUCCAAUGUACCAUAGUAUUAGUAUAUUAAUUGGGGGGCUCCAUACUGUAUUAUGAAAAUGAGAUAGGUUUGACUCUUCAAUUCAACGGUCGCUAAUUAACUUAAGAAGCAAU